AUGUUCAGCAUGCGGUUUCGAGCGUGGCGCCAGGCGUGGGCCCAGUUGCCACCGCAUGGCCCGCGACGGGCAGCCAGCCCACAGGGCGCGACGUGGCGGGCCGGAACCCACUCAUUGGGUCAGAUCUGCGAGCGUUUUUUUUUUUUUUGGGGGGGGGGGUAUGACGCGCUGCGGCGUUUGCCCUGCGUGGCGGAAGCAUAUGCCUCACGCUCCACCGCUGCCGCCUCGCCCGCUGUGGGCAGGGGCCCUUUUUCGCAGCUCCACGUGGCGGCGACGGGCCUUUUUGACGAUGUUGGCUGGCGCACCGGCCAGCGAAUCAAUUUGCAAGCAUCAAGGAAAAGGGGGCAUGCUGAAGUUUUUCUGGAAGUUGGCUGCGAAGGGGAGAAACCCGCUGGCGAAGGACACACAGUACGCGGCAAUCCGUCACUUCCCGGGUGGGAUGCGGGAGGCCAAUGGAGGGCAGGAUCGUGGAUCAUGGGUCGUGUGGGGUGGAGGGUAGGAGAACGCGGGCGCGUGAAGGCUUGCAGUCGUCUGCGUUAUGCUUCGCAAGCGCUGGCUCACAUUGGGGAAGGGCCGUGA